AUGGCCGCCAAGAUCCCGAUCAUAAAGAAGCGCACAAAGAAGUUUAUCCGCCAUCAGUCAGAUCGCUUUACAUCAGUCAAGCCUUCAUGGAGACGCCCAAAGGGUAUUGAUAAUCGCGUGCGCCGUCGUUUUUCUGGACAGAUCCAGAUGCCAAAAAUUGGUUUUGGCUCUAACAAGCUCACCAAAUUUUUGAUGCCAAAUGGUCUCCGUCGAUUCGUUAUCCGGAACGUAAAGGAGCUAGAGCUGUUGAUGAUGCACAACAGCACCUAUGCUGCCGAAGUUGCUCACAAUGUUUGCGCACAAAAAAGACUUGCGAUUGUUAAUCGUGCACGUGAGCUGAACGUCAAGCUGACCAAUGGCUAUGCCCGUCUGCAGAUUUCAGAAGCUGCCUAA